GAAAGUAUAGUUGAAUUUUUGGUUGUAUGUCCCAAUUCAGGCCUAUGAAGCCUUGUGACUCCUUCGCAGUAGAAUUUAGAGUACUGUCCCUGAUGCUACCCAUGAGUCGAACGUUGUGUUUGGGGUUGGUGCUACCAAUUCCCUCUGUUGUAGAGUUUUCGUAGCGAUGGUCCUGAAAUAUCAUUUCGCGUUCCUUUGCCGCAUACUCCUAUUACAUAUUAUGGUUCACAACAAGUAUUGUUUCACAGUUCACAGUUCACACACCCAUUGCGACUCUCCAUUCCCAUAUUGUGUAACUUGUAAACCUACUCUCAUCUAACAGUUACUUUUUAAUAAAAAAUAUUUUUAUGUUACCUAAUCGUUUUUGUUUCCUGGUAAUUGUGACGUAGGACAUCUUCAGAACCAAAUAUUAGUUGAGGCGCUUGAGGUGGGCUUAACUAGAUAAUGAGCUGAGAUAACAUUUUAUAAUGCUCUAAUAUGGCUCGCGAGUUACAUAACUCCUGUGCUCAACGGGACGCACAACUUGUAAGACAUUUCGUGUUUCAAGUUUCAAGUACUGCAAUGAAACAUUCAAUAAACCAUGAAUUAUUUUUAAUUUACACCUGUUACUAUGAAAGUCUAUACCUCAUCUACCAGCAACAAGUAAAAUUAUUCCAGUAAGUAGUAAUCUAGUGGCAGAACCUGCAGUGCUAAGGACUGGCCAUCCUCCUGCAGGGCCAACGUAAUUGUGCGCCACUGGCCAGAGUUGUAAACCUUGGCCAUAACAUUAUUCAUUGUUAUCUUUAAAUUUUGUUGGCACUUGGCAUAUUAGCAAAAAUUGUUAUGAAAAUCUUAAAACAAUAUUAACAUUGAGAUGUGAAGAGCUUAUCUCAACAUAACAGCAGUCAGUCUCAGAGCGCCGGGGGAGUCAGUCACGAGACCAAACUGACCGAGUAAAAAGUAUUACGGGACAGCUGACUCUGGAAACUUUACCGCCUAGUAUUAUUUUGUAAUUUUUUAUACUCUUUUAAAAUAUAAAUCGUCGAAAAGUUCGAGCUAAAAAAUUGAAAUUUAAAAAAAAGAAUCAAGUGUUCCUUUUUGAAAGUCGAAGUGUACCAUAAUGUCGGUGCUACACAAGCUGCGCAGCCGGCAGCUGCGGCGGCUGAGUCGCUGCUACUCCAGCGAGGACAUCUUCCGCUUCCACCCCGACCAGCCCGUCAUCAGCGACCACCGGGUGCUGGACGAGCACGACUACCAGAGGUUCGUGAGUAGACGAGCUGCCGCCAGGGAACCCGCGCUCACACGGACUAUGACGUCCCUGGCGUACAAGGUGGGUCGCCAGAUGCUGUCGCUGGCGGAGGGGAUGCCCAACGAGGGGGUGUUCCCGUUCCGGCACCUGCAGCUGACCACCACCGCUGGGGGGACACUGACCAUCGACGGCGCCGAGCUCGCCACAGCGCUGCAGUAUGUGCCUUCACAGGGGCUGCCGUGCCUCCUGCAGCAGCUGCGCGAGUACCAGACGACGCUACACCGUCCCCCGCCCCUCCCCCGCGACGUGCUGGUGACGUGCGGCUCGCAGCACGGCAUACACCACGUAGUCGAGCUGCUGCUGGAGCCCGGCGACCCCGUGCUCACCACGCAGUUCGCCUACACCGGCCUGCACAGCGCGUUGCGGCCCUACCACCCCGAAAUCCUGGGCAUCCCGGAGGACGCGGACGGGCUGGUCCCGGCGCGGCUGGAGGAGGUGCUGCACGCCCGCGCGCGGAAGGGCCUCAAGCUGCCCAAGAUGCUGUACCUCGUGCCCACCGGCAACAAUCCCACGGGCACCGUGCUGCCCGAGGCCCGCCGUCGCCGGAUAUACGAGCUCGCUUGCCAGUACGACUUCUUGAUAGUUGAGGACGACCCCUACAUGUUUUUGAAUUAUGAUGAACCCGCGCCACCGUCGUUUCUGUCGCUGGACAGUGUGGGUCGCGUGAUCCGGCUGGACUCACUGUCGAAGGUGGUUAGCGCGGGUCUGCGCGCGGCCUGGCUCACCGCGCCCGCGCCGCUGCUAGCCGCCGCCGAGCGCCUGCAGCAGGCUGAGCUGCUGCACCCCUGCACGCUGUCGCAGACUAUCAUGCACCGACUGCUCUCGGACCGCCCGGCGCUGUCGUCGCAACUGCAGUCCGCGCGCGAGCUGUAUGGGCGGCGGCGCGCGGCGCUCGGCGCGGCGCUGCGGCAGGCGGACCCCGCGGCCGACUGGACCGAGCCCAAGGCGGGACUGUUCUACUGGCUGAGGGUCAGGGAGCUCGACGAUAUCUAUAAUAUGGUAUUCAACACGGCUUUCAAGCGCGGUCUGAUGGUAGUGCCCGGCCAGGCGUUUCUGUUCGACACCAACGCCCCCUGUCAGUACGUGCGAUUGACCUUCAGCAAAAUAAAGAUGGAGGACAUAGACACCGCCGCGCGCCAUCUAGCGGACAUCAUCGAAGACGAGCAGAAGUUGAGGUUGCAAACUAGGGCGGCUAGUGAACGGUAGAUGGCGCUAAAUAGCUUACUAGGUUAAAUUUAAUUUUAAAUUAUUAUUUUUGCCCGAAUCGCGCUUUUGUGGUUAUUUUUAUUUAAACAAUUUUACUAAGGAUAAAUAUUUACGCUAUUAAAAAUGUUGUCAUUUAUGACGUUCCUAAAUAU